AUGGUAGCCGGGCCUCAUUUACUGAGUGAUGAUGAUUGGGUGAAUGUGAAUGCAUUCGUCAGCUCAGCGACGGGUCCGGGACAGCUGGCCACCAGGAAGGUCCAUUACACCUCCAGGCAGCGGCAGCAGCAGCAAGAGGGAUCAGUGGGCUGCUGGGGAGUAGUAGCACCUGUAGCCUUCAGCUGGGUGCCCAGCGAGCUUGGGGUUGGGGGAUGCUGGGGCGCGCUGUCUGAGCUGCUGGAUGACGGCAGGAUGAACCGUCAGGCUUAUUUCUAUCGUGUCCCUCCACAGGAGCUGCACAGGAGGACCCAACUUCAGCCCGAACCGGCAAAGACGAAGGCUCUUCAGACUGUCAUAGAAAUGAAGGACACAAAAAUUGCUUCCCUGGAGCGGAACAUCCGGGACCUGGAGGAUGAGAUCCAGAUGCUGAAAGCCAAUGGGGUUCUGAACACGGAGGAGCGUGAAGAAGAGAUCAAGCAAGUGGAGGUGUACAAGAGCCAUUCCAAGUUCAUGAAGAACAAGGUCGAUCAGUUGAAACAGGAAUUCUCCAAGAAGGAGUCGGAACUUCUCGCCUUACAGACCAAGCUGGAAACCCUCAGCAACCAGAAUUCAGAUUGCAAGCAGCAUAUCGAGGUGCUCAAAGAGUCGCUGACCGCCAAAGAGCAGCGGGCGGCCAUCCUGCAGACUGAGGUUGAUGCCCUGAGAUUACGACUGGAGGAGAAAGAAUCUUUUCUCAACAAAAAGACCAAACAGCUACAGGACCUCACAGAAGAGAAAGGCACAUUGGCUGGGGAGAUCCGAGAUAUGAAGGACAUGCUGGAAGUGAAGGAAAGGAAAAUCAACGUGCUGCAGAAGAAGAUAGAAAACUUGCAAGAACAAGUCAGAGACAAGGACAAACAGCUGAGCAACCUGAAGGACCGUGUGAAGUCUUUGCAGACGGAUUCGAGUAACACCGACACAGCCCUUGCAACAUUGGAAGAGGCUUUGUCUGAAAAGGAGAGAAUCAUUGAACGCUUGAAAGAACAACGGGAACGUGAUGAUCGAGAACGCCUAGAAGAAAUUGAAUCCUUCAGAAAAGAGAACAAGGAUCUUAAGGACAAAGUCAAUGCCUUGCAAGCCGAACUCACGGAGAAAGAGUCUAAUCUAAUUGACCUCAAGGAACAUGCCUCCUCCUUGGCAUCCGCGGGCCUGAAGCGGGAUUCCAAAUUAAAGUCCCUGGAAAUAGCCAUAGAACAAAAGAAAGAAGAAUGCAGUAAGUUGGAAGCGCAGUUAAAGAAGCAGGCUGAGCAGUUGUUCAAUCAGAUGUACAACCCCGCUCAUAAUGUUGAAGAAGAUUCCAGGAUGAACCCUGAAUUUGCAGAUCGAAUGAAGCAGUUGGACAAAGAGGCAUCUUACUACCGCGAUGAAUGUGGCAAAGCCCAAGCGGAGGUUGACAGGCUCCUGGAGAUCCUCAAGGAGGUGGAGAAUGAAAAGAAUGAUAAAGACAAGAAAAUUGCUGAACUCGAAAGCUUGAAUUCCAGACAUAUGAAGGACCAAAGUAAGAAAGUGGCCAACCUUAAGCACAACCAACAGCUGGAAAAAAAGAAGAAUGCCCAGUUAUUGGAAGAAGUACGAAGGAGAGAGGAUAACAUGACAGACAACUCCCAGCACUUACAGGAGCCUGUGAGCUCUUUGAUGGGGAACCACGUAUCUCCCUUUCUCUGCAUCCCUGGUACUUAG